AUGUAUCUUGUCCAGUUGUCUGGCGUGAUGAUCGGGCUGGGGUGGCAGUCUUUAAUUGGCAUUGUGGUGCUCUUCAUCUAUAGAAUAUCCAGUGGACAGCAGGCUGUUCCUCGCUAUCGCUUCAGGAAGAGAGACAAGGUGCUCUUCUACGGCAGGAAGGUAAUGAGGAAGGUCCAGACCCUGUCCUCCCCUCUGUCCUCUACCUCGGUGUCCAAGCAGUGCCCUCGGAAGAGACCCAAAGUCCUGAGUAUAGCUCGCAGGAUCCUGCGUAUCCGUAAGGAGCUCCCAACCCUUCAGCCCAAGGAGCCCCCUCCAUCCCUACUGGAGGCCGACCUGACUGAGUUUGACGUGCAGAACUCCACUCUCCACUCUCACACACCAGUAGCAGUGUGUGUGUUCUCUGUGCUUGGCCACUUUGAAACGUUCCUGGAGCUGUGUUGUCACAUGGUUGUGGAGCUACAUGAAGGGGAGGGGCUGUUCCGGCUGGGAGAUGAUUCCAAUAGCAUCUACGUGGUCCAGGACGGACGUCUGGAACACUGCAUCCACGAAAACGAUGGUACAGAGCCGGUUGUGAAGGACGUGCUCCCGGGGGACAGUGUUCAUAGCCUACUCAGUAUUCUGGACAUCAGAUGGAGUGGAAAUAUAGGUUACUCCGCCCCCUAUAAGACACUGUCAGCACGGGCUGCGUCUUGCUUCACUAUCCUGCGUCUGCAGGAUAGAGAAGCCUUCCAGUCUGUGUUUGAGUAGUACCCCGAAACUCUAAUGCGCAUCAUUCAGAUAAUCAUGGUGCAACUCCAGAGAGUGAGCUUCCUGCCCUUACAUAACCACCUGGGCCUGACCACAGAGCUCUUCAACCCGGAGAACCCUGUCUCCAGCCCCCCCCCCCCCCCCCCCCCGCCAUACGAGCUGGCCAGAGUCAUCAUAGACGAACGCCCCUCCAGCCCUGUCAUUUAUAAGUCCAUCCUGAAGAAGAGUGUGACCAUGCAGCACACACCCUUGGCGGUGUUCCACUACACAGACAGUGAGGGAUGCUCUGACAACGUUCACCCCAGCAAGGUCAGCUCCAGUCCAGACCUGCUGGGCAUCAUCAAGCUGCACUUGGAGCAGAUGCUGGAGGGCAAUGAGGUGAGGGCCCAGAAGCAGCUGGUGUUGUUACACAGGGAGGAUGGCCCACCACCCCAGGGCACUGUGGAGUGGCUCAACAUGAAGAGCUGGAUCUCCAGACACCUGCACCUCUCCUGCUCAUGCAGGGUCUACUCCAAGAGGAGCCUGCCCAAACUGAUAGAGAUGUACCAGCUCGUGUUCCAAAAGCCAGCUAACUGCCAUUCAGACUUUUCCCGUCUGCCCAGGGUGCUGACCGGCAAUGCCAUCGCCCUCAUAUGGGGGAGGAGGAGCCAGUCUCUCUCGCUCUGCUCUGCUCUGAGUGAGGCAGGGAUCCCUGUGGACCUGGUGGGUGGCGUUUCCAUCGCCAUGGGGGCGCUGGACACAGAGGACCACAGCCGCAUGAGAAAGAGGGCAUGAGAGUGGGCCAUGGAGAAGACAUCAGAUUUUAAAAAGGUGUUGCACCUGACCUACCCCAUCACUUCUAUGUUCUCUGGCGCUGCCUUCAACUCCAGCAUUUAAGUGUUCAAGGGCAAGCAGAUUGUGAAGAGCAGUGAAGAGCAGUGA